GCUUUUUAGUGCAACGAUGGACUGCAAACACACCUUUCAUUGUCACUGCUGUCUGAAAUAUGAGGCAUGACUCGUUCAUCAUCUUCGGAUGGUGCAUGAAAGUCCGACGUUUGACAUAUAAGUCACAAUAAAAACACACUUUUCCGUGUCGUCUUCAUCCGUGACGCUUCACUUUCACUUUUCAUUUCGAUCGACAAUACGCGGGUGAUUGUGGACAAAAGACAUUUCUCCCGAGGAGGUCGUCUGGACCGAGGAAGGUUCGAGCUGCUCCUCCGUCGUCAUGUUGGACCAGCAGGACUCAGAGGAGGUGAAAACCGGAACAACAAUCGUUGCCAUAGAGUUCGAUGGCGGGGUCGUGCUGGGCUCGGACUCGCACGUGUCCGCAGGGAAUUCAGUGGUGAACCGGGUGAUGAACAAGCUGUGCCCCCUCCACCAAAAGAUCUACUGCGCUCUGUCGGGCUCUGCGGCGGACGCUCAAGCCAUUUCUGAGCUGCUCCGCUCCCAGCUACACCUUCACAGUACGGAGAUAGGGGAGGAGCCCCGGGUUGGCGCCGCCGCCACCAUGGUGAAGAACUUCUCGUAUCGCUACAGGGACGAGCUGUCGACGCAUCUCAUAGUGGCGGGCUGGGACAGAAGAGGCGGAGGGCAGGUGUUUUCCACCCUCAGCGGCGGCCUGAUACGACAGCCCUUUGCCGUUGCCGGCUCCGGCAGCUCGUACGUGUACGGCUUUGUGGAUGCCGAGUACCGGGCGGGCAUGAGCAGAGCCGCGUGCCAGCAGUUUGUGCUCGACACGCUCGCUCUCGCCAUGAACCGGGACAGCGCCAGCGGAGGCGUGGCCUAUUUGGUCACCGUCGACGAGCACAGCGCAGAGGAGAGGGUCGUUUUGGGGAACGACUUGCCUGCCUUUUUUAACGGGUGAGCGACGGCCGCGUGACGUCACGUGGUUUGACCGCGGACGUCUGAGAGAUCACCUCAACCUGCACGACUUCCUGUUGCUGAUGUCAUUAAAGCAAAGGAACAUCUCUUGGUGGAUGUCUUUUUACUCUUAUGCAGGAAACCAGGCUUGUCUUUUAACUGCCAGUUCCCUGACUUUGUGGAUUAUUUCCAGUCUGAUUCUUAAGCAAUCGCAUUCAUGAAAUGACACGUCUUCAUUACACACUCGAAUGUGAAGCUGACAUGACAUGCUGCCCCAAACAAUAAAGAAAUACAU